ACACCAGUUUAUAAGUAGGACCAAGAAAAAAAUUGUGGCGUGCACGACCGAAAGAAAAGAAAAACGGAACACUUCCCACUCUCUAGAGUCACUGGGAGUGACUGUGACAGGACGAGGGGGGACAGCAAGAGAGAGAGAGAGGGAGAGGGAGAGAGAGAGAGAGACAGAGAGGGAGGGAAAGAGAGAGGGAGAGCGCGCAGAAGAAGACCUUGCAGGACUUAAUCACAUUAGUUUAAGGACUGCUCGGACAGGACCGGACCACCACCACCACCGAACUGGACGGCAGUAAACAAUCUCAGUGAUAUCAGUGAUCAAUAGCGGAGUGAGAACUGCGCGACUCCAGGAGGAGCAUGCGGCUCUGCUUACUAUUCAGGCUCUGUGUGCUGUGGGGUUUCGUGGCGGUCACAUCCUCCGCCGCGACCAAGGCCGGGAGGAAAAAGGUGGCAGGCCGGAGGUCCAGGCAGGUGUUUGAGGCGGAGCCAGCAGAAGGGGUGUGGUCUGCCUGGGGGGAGUGGUCAGAAUGCACUCAGACAUGCGGAGUAGGCGUGUCGCAGAGAACCAGGAAGUGUUUACCCCCUCCUCCUCCUCCUCAGACCCCUGUCUUCUCCCAUUCCUCUCCUAACUGGGGGGGUUAUCUUCCCCGAGGGGCUGGAGGUCCUGUCAUCUCACCCAUACACCCCUACUAUCCUUCUCGUUACCCCGGGCAACACCCCCCCUAUUAUUCCCCCUCAAACCCCACCAGUCACAACCCAGGAUUACCUCUGUAUCGGAAUACUCCUGUUGGGGGAGGAGCAGGAGGAGGAGGAGGAGGAGGAGGAGGAGGGGCAGGAGUUCCUGUGCCGGGCCCGGCAAAUCCAUCGCCUCCUUUUUACCAGCCGGAAUUCUCCCCGCGUAAUCAGGACCACGUGUCUGUUUACCGCUCUCCCUACCACUCGACUUCCCAUGGCUACAGUCAGCCGGCGCGGAUCACCAGGAGGCCGAGCAGCCCAGGUGCAGUGAGGCCUGGAGGUGGCGGGAGCAGAAGGUCCGUCUCCACCGGUCGGGAGGGUGUGCCUGCAAGGAGGUCUUCCACCAUCCGUCCAGGCCAGUUUGGGUACGGCAGGGUGCCAUUCUCCCUGCCGCUACACCGUCCCAACCGGCAGGCUCGCCACACCGCUAAUGGUACCGACACCACAGCAACCCUGGCACCGGGACAGGCUGUCAGUGAAGACAAUGCAGACGGCCCUGGGAAAGAGGAACAGGGGAGGGGGGCUGAUGAGGAAGACAGGGAGGCAGGAAGGAGAGAAGAGGAUAGGAAUGCAGAGCAGGAGAGCAGCGAUCCGCCCGAUGCAGAGGAGUUGCCCUCAACAACCACAACACCUGGUAACACACACCAGCACGCAGACAGACCGCCACAUGCACAGCGCGGGAGGGAGAGGGAGAGGGAGCGAAUCCCGUCCUCUCACUCCUUUCCCAGCUCUUCCUCCACAUCUGUCCACUCCAGCCGACGCCCCUUUGACUGGCACUCUGUCACCGCCCCGCCUCCUCAUCCUCGCAUCCCUCCUCUGUCCCAUGCCCACCCCGCUGCCAUCGCCCCGCCCGUCUCCUCCUCUCUCCACCACCACUCCAGCCCCACGCACAGAGAGAGGCAGCUGCACCCCGGCUUCAGCCCGCAGGCCCAGCCGCACAUCCCCGGGCUGCACCAUCCCAACGUCUACCCGCUGCAGCACCAACACGUCCCACACCUGGGGGUGGAGGGGGCCAGGGAAGGCGACAGAGGAGUCCCCCAAACCUACAGAUGUUCUGGGACAGAGAGGGAGUACCGCAGGUGCUUCUCUCAGGUGUGUGGAGGAGCUGCAUUGGACUCCAGAGCAGAGCAGUGUGCAGCCUUUAACACCCAAGAGUUCAUGGGUCGCCUCUACGACUGGGAGCCUUUCACUGAGGUGGGUGCUGAUAAGCAGUGUGAGCUGACCUGCAGACCUACCGGCUACCGUUUCUACGUCCGUCAGGCCGAGCGUGUGAGAGACGGAACCCCCUGCUUCAACGUCAGCACCAACGACGUGUGUGUGGGAGGACAGUGCCUGACGGAGGGCUGUGAUGGGGUACUGGGCUCCGGCUCAGUGAUUGACAAGUGUGGAGUGUGUGGCGGGAGGGAGAGCUCCUGCCGCAAGGUGACGGGAAGCUUCCAAAACACCUCGGUCCCCCUCGGUUACCACAAGAUCCUGGACAUCCCUCCCGGAGCUACUUUCAUCAACAUCACUGAGAGACGAGCCAGCCCCAACUACCUGGCCAUGAGGAGUGGCACAGGGGCAUCAGUGGUGAAUGGGCGCUGGGCCGUGGACCCUCCAGGGGAGUACCAGGCGGGGGGGACGACCUUUACCUACACACGACCCAGAGCACAGGCGGAAGGCCAGGAGGAGAAGGGAGAGUCCCUCGCUGCUCCAGGACCCACCACCACACAGCUGCAGCUAUAUAUUAUUUUCCACCAGCAGAACCCAGGCAUCGACUACGAGUUCUACAUCCCUGUGGAGAAGAAGGAGAGCGAGCGGGAGAGGUUAACAGAGAGGGAGUUUACGAGAGAGCGGCCAAGAGAGAGAGACACAGCGCGAGCACCACUCCGCAGUGCCAGUCCUCUCACUGUGUCAGUAGAAGACCCGAUUCCUCCUCCUUCUGUUUCAGCCCCUUCUUUGCCCUCCUCCUCUUCCUCCUCCUCCUCCUCCUCCUCCUCCGCCUCCUCCUCCUCCUCCUCUGCCUCCUCCCCUUCCCUCUCAGACAGAUGGACACCUGAGAGGUCACGUCCUCGCGGCUCCUCCAGGAACGCCCGGAUCCCCCCUCGCACUGAUCUGCCACCUGACACCCAGCCGCCGUUUGUGUGGAGGAGAGGCGGCCUGACCGAGUGUUCUGCUUCCUGUGGCAAAGGUUUUCAGCACAGGGAGAUUCUGUGUAUUAACCGCCACACAGACCAGGAGGUCCCAGAGAGAAAGUGCGACUCGGCAGCCAAACCUGUUCCUGAGGAGGAGCCUUGUAACACACACCCCUGCCCACCAUUCUGGGAGGCUAGUGCCUGGUCCGAGUGCAGUGUGUCCUGUGGCCUCGGGGUGCAGCAGAGGCAGCUCCAGUGCAGGCAGAGCUUUGGGAACCGCUCCACCAUGGUCCACCCACAGCGCUGUGCCAGCCUCACCCCACCUGAGUCCACCCAGGCCUGCCAGCUCCGCCUCUGCUCCCACUGGGAGGUCGGCUCUGACUGGAGCACGUGCUCGGUGGACUGCGGGUUAGGGAAGAGGACACGGAGUGUGCGCUGUGUCAGUGACCACGGCAGUGUGGUCAAUGACAAGGAGUGCAACUCCAGGCUCCGCCCACAAGGGACUGAGGAAUGCAACAUGGGACCCUGUGUCACCAACUGGUACUUCACCAACUGGUCCAACACUUGUUCAGCGCAGUGCGGCCCCGGGGUGCAGAAGAGGGAGGUGGUGUGUCUGACACGAGGAGGGGGCAGGGAGGGUGAAGGAGGGGGAGACUGUACGGUGGAGAAACCAGCCGAGAUGAAGGCCUGCAACGCGGGUCCCUGUGUGCCCACCACCAUGUGGUACAGCAGCCCCUGGACACAGUGUAAUGUUCCCUGUGGAAAUGGAACUCAGCGACGGGACAUCAUUUGUGUCCAAAAAAUGGGGAAUGAUUUCACCGUCGUCCCGGCCAGUGAGUGCGCUAAUCUGGACAAACCUCCCGCGGUCCAGGAGUGUGAGAUGGGCGAGUGUCAGCCUCAGUGGUUCACUACAGAGUGGAGCGCGUGUUCCCGCUCUUGUGGAAAGGGCCUGCAGAUGAGGGAGGUACGGUGUCUGACACCGGACAAACAGCACAGCCAUGAUUGUGAUUCCACCACCAAACCUGAACAGGAGCAAAUCUGCAACACAAUACCCUGCAGUCCACAGGUUGCAGAUGAAAACUGCAGAGACAGACGUCAUAACUGUGUGAUGGUGGUGCAGGCCAGGCUGUGUGUCUACUCCUACUACAAGACUGCCUGCUGUGCCUCGUGUACCCAGAGCGCCCAGCGCACUAAGAGGCACUGACCAACCAGCCAAUCACGGGCCGCCGAGGUUUGCAAGGGGUCAGAGAUUAGGUGUCAAAGUGCUGAUCGCCACAGGGACAGCCAGUCAGUAGAAACUGACAGCCCAGAGUGGACAUAAUCCCUGUGAUGGCAUGAUAUUCAGAUAACCUUUAGCCAUAUUCUCUCCUGACUGUUCAGGUAAAGCACUGUGACAGAAGCAAUUCUUUUCCCCCAACUUCUUGCGUACAGUUUUAUUUUUUAAUGUCACCCAGAACUGCAUAUUCCUCUGAUCUUGCUUCCACAUUUGUCUGUGUCAGCUUCAACAGGUGCAUAGCGCAUCAUACUGGGCUAAAAGAUGCAUUCACUGUGAUUUCCACUCUAGGAAGCCUGUUUCUAUGGCUGGGAGAUUGUAGUGGAAGGUUCCUACUGGCAAAGCUGUGUUUCAGCAGCCAAACUAGCAUUAUCAAGAUUCCUCCAGCUCUACAUACCACUAAUUAUAAAAAGAAGUGUUGGACAAACACACGUGUGCUAGAUAAAAUGUAUAUACUGCGUAUUAUAUGCUGAAGAUCUACUGGGACGAGGCGUUUCAGUACACUGUGGUGUCCCAUUGAGCUUCAGUGGCUGCCCCAACUAAGCUAUAAGUGUUUCCUUUACAUAAUUAUUAUAUGACUGUUGUUUGCCAAAAAUAUUUCCUGAAGUGUCCUCGUACUGUUCAUAUGAAUAUUUGGACAGAUGAACCAAAGGAAUGGGGUAACCAUGGCAGUAAGUGACCAAAUAUAUCUGAGCAGGAAGACAGAGGUUUGAUUUCCAAACAAAGAGGACGGUCUCAAAUCUGAAAUGGGAUGUUGAACAAGGAUAGACAGCAGGCCCAAGACACAUUCACGGAAAUGUCAUAUUGCUGUUGUCAGGUGAAAACCUCCCAUCUCCACAUAUGAACUUCUUGGAAACUAAGAGAAACUGAUGUUUUUAGCUUGACAGCCACGCAUUCUUCAUUUUAUCCGGUAGAUUGGGAUAGGAUUCAUAAGUUCAAGUAUCAUAUAUCUUUCUCAACUCAAAUAGGAGGAUGUCAUCCCUCAGUUUAAGUUAAAACAUGAUAAUUGCUCAAAUUGGAUUUACAAAGUUUGCACCUGAUGGUAGCGAUACCUUUCCCUCUGAAUAUAUGACGAAGAUUGGGGGGAGUUGUGAUGAAACUGAUCUUAUGCCUGUUCUUUGCUGAAUGCAGAAAAGAGUUUCUCAUGUUGUAAAAACCAUGAAGUUGAUUGUGCACAGGCAUAGAGGACAGGCCUCAGUUAGUGUCUUGAUGAUCACAGUGGAAUGACAAUAGUGAUGUGGUUUAAAAAGAAAAAAAAAAAAAGCCUUACGUCCUCUGUUUCCUCGCCUCCAUCAUGCACCCAUCAUCACCUGCAUGAUGAGAUGAAUCUGUCCGACCAGGGUUUGUAAUACCAGAACGAUCGAGCCUGAUGGAAGAAACUGCUCCAUUUCUUUGGUCAGUCGAUGUCCAUCAGUCUUAACUCUGACAGAGACUGAGAAAGCUGCUCUCUCACAAUAGUCCUUUAAUGAGACUGCUCUUGAUCUGGAUUUGUUGAUUUGGAUCAAAUGCAAUUACUGUCAUCUGACCUGAAAGUGAAAAUUUUGCAUUCUCAAGUGGCAUCUCCUGUGCAUGUUUAUGAUUACACAGUCAUUACUCUCGCUCUCUUUUUUCUCUUCUCUCUGACUCGCUCUUUGUCUCUCACUCUCUCUCUCUCUCUCUCUCUCUCACACACACACACACACACACUCACACACAUGCACACACACCCUCUAUAUGACUUGAUCAGUAGAUGUGCCAUUUCUUUGUGUCUUACAACUGAAAGGUCAAAAUGGUGCUUUGAAGACCAACUGCCUUCACCUCACUGCAUUCACUUUAGCACAUAGUUUUCUGUGAUUCUGUCACUCUUACUCUCUCUCCUCCCUCAGACACACCCAAAUACACACACACACACAUGCUCACACUCUGGUGCAGACCCACCCAAAGGUGAGCAAAUUGUACAUUUGUCAGAUAUGUUUUAAUGUCUAUUAUUUCAUUGAGCAUAUGUAGGCCCCUAUGGUUUUUUUUUUAACUGAGUAGAAUUAUCAGAUGUGUUGUUGUAGACUGUUAACCACAUGUAUUCACAUCUGUCAUGUAACUAUUCAUAUUUUGCAUUUUACAAGAAAAUGUUAUUGUACUCUUGAAUUAUGUUUGUGUGCACGUGUGCAUGUAUGUGUGUAUGUGUUAUGAAUGUGGCUUUGAAUGUUAUUCUUGUGUCUCUAAUCGCUUUUAGUAAAAAAAAAAAAGGACAUUUUAUAUAAAAACAGAAAAUGAUAGUAAUUUAUCUAUUGUCAAAAGAACAUGUAAUUUAUUUUCUCUUAAAAAAAAAAAAAGCUGUAGCAAAUUUCCUUUGUUACUACUUACCAGAGUUUAUAAAAAUGUUAUUAUUGAGAA